UACACACGCCGCUGGAGCGCAUAGAGACACUCCGCUACAGACAAAAACACUAGAGGAGUGGUGCCAGAGAUGGAAUGAGUUCUCCUUCGGAACAUAUUAUAUUCAUGUCCGUCACACUUCUCAUGAUUUGCGCUCCAUUCUUGUUCUAAAUACGGAGACUUUUUGUCGGCUGAUAGUUCAGUCAACUGUGUCUCAUCGGUCGUAAAUGCAGGAGUAAAUGACCGGAGUCCUGGUAUCCCUGCGAGCACAGGAGAGAGAAGGGGGGGGGGGAAAGGCAAGCGCUUCAGUCGUAUUUGGAGGUAGACUAAGAGCCGCUUAUCAGACCCUGUAGGAAAGACCCCAGGAGGUUCCAAAUCAGUGGACAAGCUCUGUAUGGAACCGGGGAAUUAAGAGGAGUUUAUUUCAUCCACGAGGCUAGAUAACCCAGUAUUAAAGUUAUAAGGUGGCAUCCCAGUGUCUCGUUCAAGUAGCCUAUAUGCCUGCUUCGGAGGGAAAGCUGUUCACCGCUGUUUUUAGCCUAUUUUUAUUCAAUUAAGUACACUUGGAACAAACAUUAUUCGUUGAUUGUUUUAGUAAAAUAGGCUACGUGGAGUAAUAACAUUUCUGCAAAAAAAGGUGUGGAUUUUCUUGAUGGACAACUGAUUUGAUCCUGGGAAGUACCAUUUAAAAAUAACAAGACAUUGAACAUUGCCAAAAUGGAUAUGCUAUCAUCGCUGAUUGGAUUUUUACUUGCAAUGUGUCUAACACUGGGAGUCCGUGGAGACAAGGGUGAGGUGUGUGGGGGCACUCUGGAUGCCAGCGACGCAGGGUACAUCACGUCCCCGGGCUACCCUCUGGAGUACCCGCCCCACCAGAAUUGCCAGUGGGUCAUCACGGCCCCGGAGCCCUCCCAGCGCAUCGUCCUCAACUUCAACCCCCACUUUGAACUGGAGAGACUGGACUGCAGGUAUGAUUUCAUUGAGAUCCGUGAUGGUGGUUCGGACUCGGCUGAGCUGCUGGGUAAACACUGCAGUAACAUCGCCCCCCCAGCCAUCAUCUCUUCUGGUACUGCCCUGCACAUCAAGUUUGUCUCAGACUACGCCCACCAGGGGGCUGGCUUCUCACUGCGCUACGAGAUCUUCAAGACAGGAUCGGAAUUCUGUUUCCGGAAUUUCACCAGUCCUUCCGGAGUGAUCGAGUCCCCCGGCUUCCCUGACAAGUACCCCCACAACCUGGAAUGUUCUUACAUCAUCAUAACUCCGCCCCACAUGGACGUGACCCUGACCUUCUUGACCUUCGACCUGGAGAACGAUCCCCUGCUGUCAGGAGAGGGAGACUGCAAGUACGACUGGCUGGACGUGUGGGACGGGCUGCCCCAGGUGGGCCCUCUGAUUGGUCGUUACUGUGGUACUAAGAUUCCUCCUGAGAUCAAGUCGUCGUCUGGUCUACUGUCUCUGUCCUUCCACACGGACAUGGCUGUGGCCAAAGACGGCUUCUCAGCCCGCUACAACAUGACGCACAAAGAAGUCAGUGACACGUUCCACUGCAGUACAGCGUUUGGUCUGGAGUCAGGAAAGAUUUCGGACGACCAGAUCUCAGCCUCGUCCUCCUUCUACGACGGCCGCUGGUCCCCUCGCCAGGCCAGGCUCAACAACAUCGACAACGCCUGGACUCCCAGCGAGGACAGCCCCAAGGAGUACAUCCAGGUGGACCUCCACUUCCUCAAGGUGCUGACAGGCAUCGCCACCCAGGGAGCAGUCUCCAAGGAGACGCAGAAGUCCUACUACGUGUCCACCUUCAAGCUGGAGGUCAGCACCAAUGGAGAGGACUGGAUGACCUAUCGCUACGGCAAGAAUCACAAGGUGUUCCAUGCCAACACAGACCCAUAUGAGGUGGUGUUGAACCGCAUACCCCAGCCCGUCUUAGCCCGCUUCGUACGCAUCCGGCCUCAGGUCUGGAAGAACGGCAUUGCCCUGCGUUUCGAGCUCUACGGCUGCCAGAUCAUAGAUGCUCCGUGUUCAGAGAUGCAGGGCCUCCUCUCUGGCCUGCUCCCCGACGCCCAGAUCUCAGCCUCGUCAGCUCGAGACAUGCUGUGGUCCCCUGGGAAUGCCCGCCUGGUGGGCAGCCACUCAGGCUGGUUCCCCGGCCCCGCUCAGCCCCUGGCUGGGGUGGAGUGGCUCCAAGUGGACCUGGGUGUCCCCAACUGUCGGGGGAUUAUUACCCAGGGGGCGAGGGGCGGAGAAGGGACAAGCAGCACGGACAACAGGGCCUUUGUGAGGAAGUACCGCGUGGCUCACAGUCUAGACGGGAAGGACUGGGGGUUCGUUAUGGACAGCAAGACCAGCCUGCCCAAGAUAUUUGAGGGGAAUACCCACUACGACACCCCUGAGCUACGGCGUUUUGAGGAGACCCUGGCCCAGUUCAUCAGGAUCUAUCCAGAGAGGUGGUCUCCUGCCGGGAUCGGGAUGAGAGUAGAAAUAUUGGGCUGUGACGUGCCAGAAACCAGCACGCUGGCUGACACAGCCACGCCGACUUUGUCUGGUACAAUGGAGAGUAGCACUGCCCAGCGGUCGGGCAGAGGAGCUAGCUCCUCCCCUCCGUCAAUGGGUGGUGUGUGUGACCUUGAGCAGGGUCUGUGUGGCUGGACUCACGACCUCAGCGCCCCUCUCCAUUGGUCCCUCCACAGCAGCUCCAAAGCCCCAGCCCAGGGCCCCAGCCUGGAUCUCGCUCUGCCCCCCACCGACCUGAAUAGCUACCUGUACAUCGAAGCCAACCCCAAGACGGAGCGGCAGCGAGCCAGGAUCCUAAGCCCCAUGGUGGGACCCGACACGGGGCCUCUCUGCCUGCUCUUCUCCUACCAGCUGUGGGGAGAGGCCCAGGGCACCCUGCGCAUCCUUCUCCGCGAUGCCCAUCACAAGGAGACCCUUCUCUGGGCACUCCGCGGCGACCAGGGCCCCGUUUGGAAGGAGGGUCGCACCAUCCUGCCCCGAUCCCCUAAAGAGUUCCAGGUGGUUAUGGAAGGCUUCUUUGACCACGGAACCAAGGGCCAUAUCAUGAUCGACAAUAUCCACAUGAGUUCUGGUACACCUUUGGAGGAGUGCACACAACCCUUUGCUGCCUUCCCUCCCGACAUGACAGAUAAGAGACCAGAGUUUGGAGACAGCAGACUUUUUAAUGGCAGGGACCAGUUAGAUGGAGGCUGGGCGUUCCCCGAGGAGUUGAGUUCCGCAGCCCCGUCCUCCGAGCCACUGGAGACGCGCGUCUCCUCCUCGGCAGACAAGGACAACUCGUGGCUGUACACGCUGGACCCCAUCCUGGUCACCAUCAUCGUUAUGAGCUCCCUGGGCGUGCUGCUGGGCGCUGUGUGCGCCGGCAUGCUGCUCUACUGCACGUGCUCCUACAGUGGCCUGUCAUCGCGUAGUUCUACCACGCUGGAGAACUACAACUUUGAGCUGUACGACGGCCUCAAGCACAAGGUGAAGCUCAACCAGCAGCGCUGCUGCACCGAGGCAUGAGGGGAAAGAGUAGAGAGGGGAGAGGGGUAGAGGAAUGUAGAGAGGCGGCCAUUUUGAGGAGAUUAUUUUCUCCUUUGUUUUCUCUCCUUUGCUUGGACCGUGAAUUUCCUUUCUGAGCUGAAGGACUACACCUGCCAGAUGGAAGGACAUUUUGGGGAAAAUACACUUUUUUAGACUGAUCUUGAGACCCUUCCACCCUGCUUCAAUCAAAGUGGUGCAGUCCAGGGUGGGGUUUUCUGGACCAAAACCAAUGAGGGAAGGACCGGGUAAUUCCCAAAGUGGUCCCUAUAGCGGACUGUUCCAUUGCCAGGGGAGUUCAAAUAUCAACACAUAUCAAUACCUACUACCCCCCCCAAAUUCCAUAUAAAUACAUCAUAGUUUUCUAGGCCUAGUUUUUAAACUGGAAAGAUGUUAUGCUAAACUCCUUGACACAGGAAACGCCUUAGACAGGUGUUCAUGCAGUGCUUAGAUAGUAUUUCUCUAUCACGUGGACACAGUGGCCUAGAACCUAGUGAAGUGAAUUCUUUAUGAAGUGUUUUCGUUGAGUUAGACUCUUGCGUCUCUGUAACACAUCAGCCUCAGUUCUCCACCCCAUUUUCUGACAGGUCUGGGGUAUUUUUAGAUUAAUCACCAUCUUUGGUGUGUCUUUUUGUUAUUUGUUCAAUUCUUCUCUGUUUUCUUUCUCGUUUUGGCCCUUUGCCAGCCUGUGAAUGCUGAUAAAGAAAGGAGAGAAUGGGGGGAGAAAGGGGGGGGGGGGGUUCUAAUCAUGUUCUCUUCUAAACGUGUUCAUUUUGAAGAUAGAAAGCAAGGGAGUUUGUUAGAUUUAGUUUCAGGCUGUUGUUGCCGGUGGGUUUGUAUCGAAAAGAAGGUUGACAGUCGUGUUUACAGUAAACUGUGGCUAGGUGAAGUAAAAGGUUAAGGUGGAGAUGGUUUUGGGCAGUGCAACCUAUGGAUUGCUGGGAAAUCCAGGCAGAGACUGAAUAGCCAUCUACAAAUGAGAACUGAUGAAGAGAGAAUAAGGAAACAAAAUGAUGAAUCAAUGGAGCACAAAGUCCUAAAUCAACCUCUCUGGGGACAAUGUACUCUGUGUGUUGGAUCAGGAACGAAUCGACGAUAAAACACAAAGUGGGAUACAAAAAAAAAAAGAGAUAUAUAUAUUCUAGAUCGUUACUUGACAGUGGACACACAUCUGAGCUUUAAGUCAGCGAUUGGCAGAGGAAACACCAAUGGAAGGACACCAUUUCCUCAGAGUGGACCAACGUGGUCUUGGUGUCAUGGUUCUUCACUUGUGCUCUCCUCGUUUGAUGUUUGUUGCUCUUUUUCACACUUUGACGUUGUCACGGUGAGGCUGGCGUGUUAACAGGAAACAGGUUUAUGGGGAGAGGUAAAUCAGGAGGAUUUAAACACACAUCUGCUCCCUCUGGACUCUCUAGCCUUGUGAAGGAGGAGUGGGAAAGAGAACAGUAAAUCUUUCCACUGUACCUCAGACUUCUCACUUUCACACACACUGAUCACAAACACACAUGCAUACACAGCGUGCACAUGCUAGCGCACACACACACCGAAGACAGAGUAUCCUGGUCAUUCUGAUGCAAUGCUGGGCAUGUAUAGGGCUGUGUGCGUCUGGAUGCACUGAAGUGGACCCAGGCUUGUGCUGACCGAGAGGCCCAGGUUGUUGGGGGAGGGGUCGCUGGGCCGUGAGGUAGAGUCUAUCCCCUUCUCCCUUCCACCCUCCACCCCACCAACCCACAUUCCCUCUCCUAUCCCAGAGGCUCCCAUCACUGGACCCCACUGACUCUCUUCCAAGUGCCUUGGAGCUUCUGUGAUCCAGCUUGCCUUUGUAGCCCGUAUCAGAUUACAGAUACAGAACAGUAGCCCAAUCUGUCUGGGCGGGAGGGGCUAAAACACACCUCCCCGGGCAAGAAUGAGUCAAACUCACCCCUCUGGGCAAGAGACCUCACGAGGACGACCUUGACACUGGUCAGACCUAAUUGUUGCUUGGGGGCUUUGUACAGAAAUGUUCUUUUUAUGAUUGUUAUUAUUAUUGUUAUUCUGAUUAUUUAAUAAAGGAUUUAUACCAUACAGAGAA